UCAGUCGUGCGUUUAUUUAACUUACAUGACAAGGCAUAUGAAACUUGUACUUAUAUAUGUGAUAUAAACUUUUUUCUCUUGUUCUAAGUGUAUCAAUAUGUUUCACUCUAUCUCUUGUCAAGCUCUAACUAUUUUACAUAACAGGUUACUAACUAACCGUUUAUUUAUUUUUUAAUAAUGGAAGAGGAAUUUGAAUAGUUGAAUAUCGGUCACAUAGCAAUCAUUUUCAUAGUUCUUUAUUUCAUCAUUUUUUGAUGUAAUUGCGGAUGUUCACACUAAUAUAGUAAAUUAAACUUAAACUUCUCCCAGUUAUAAACAAUGUGGGUAAUAUUAAUUGUGUCGUUCAUUUUUAUGGAAACAGGUGCUAAUUCCGUUACAAUUCAAUUAAAUGAAACAUAUAAUUACACGAGCGUGGAGUUAGCAUGCAGCUAUCAGAGCGACACGGAAGUCUCGGUUGGUUAUUAUCAGAAACUGCCUUUUGAAAAGUCAUUUGGAAGAAAAAUAGCAAUAUCAAGAAAUAUUGGCAACUGUACGAUCACUUCUUUGCCGAACAAUAUUUUAUGUAGAUGUGUCACCAACAAACAUGUUAGCUGCACAAUUAAUAAUCUCACGACUGCCAAUGAAGCAGAAGAAUGGAAAUGUGCAAUACCAAACACAACUGGUGCAGUCGGUAUCUUUAGCAAUGUGGCACGAAUCUCUCUUCAGUAUACAAAAACAACGGCCAGUACUGAAUCCACCGAAAGCAUCAAUGAAAGUACCUUUAAAACGAUAUGGAGUACAGAGAGUGAUAUAAGCAUCGGAAACGUCGGAGAAACCAAGCCGUUCACCGACGAUAGGACAAGGAUUGUGGUGUUCAUUUCAUCCGUUCUUGGAAGUCUCAUUAUGGUGGUGGCGAUCACGGUUCCUUUGUCGAUCCGAUGUCGCAAAUCUUGGGUGCCCUCGAGCGGACAUUUGCCUACGGUAAAAGAGUCCGGACCUUUAAGUAUGGUGCACAAUACCACGCUACAAAGGUUUGUCGAUACAGCCGAUGUUCGUAGUCUGGACAGUUGUUAUUAUAUCGGUUGCAUCGCUGGAACCGCCAGUCAGUCAGCUACGCAUGUGGUAAACUCAGAAGCUAAUGUGGAGGACGGCACAAACACGACUGAAGAUACCUAUCAAUACUCGGAAAUUCAAGAAGACCCGAACUCUGUUCCAAAUUCAUUAUCUUUACAAAAAGAUCCAUUCUCUAAACAUUUACAAAAUGUUACGCCCACAGACAAAGCUCAUUACACAGAUACAAUAAAAUGUUCGUCGCAAACAGACCAUUGUAUUAGCUUUAAUACAUAUACUUUUGCAAAGAAUCAAUGUCUUUUCGCAGAGUUUGUUCCAAAUAGAGGAGCCGCAAACAAGGGUGUUAACAGAAAUUGUAUUACAAGAAUGACCAACGACGACGAAAUAGCGUAUGCCGAAUGUACGGAAAAUAUGAUGCCCGUUGAAAGAGCUGAAAAUUUUUCGUCAAUUGAGACCGCUGAAAAGAAGAAACUAGAAGACAACAUCUACCUCACAGCGAUAUACAGCCCGGUGCCAGAACGGUUGGAGAACGAUGGCGAAUUAUAAAAUGAAUAUUAGUUUUAAAAAAAUUCAUAUGUGUGAAAUAUGUGGCACACCAUUCUGUUUUCAAAUCGGAUACGACAGGAGGGGGGGGGGCAUUUAAGGAUUGAGUAAUUAUGUUUAUGUUUUAGUGAACAAAAUAAUAUGCAUUAUUGAUUAUAUUGUGUUUAACAUCAUGUAUUCGCUAUUUGUAUUUUAUUGUGAAAACACUCGUUACGUCUGAAAAUCGAUACAAGCCCACAAGGGUACACUAUUAUAAAUAAAGGGUACUAAUUAGUCUAUCAAGCAGUUGGUUGACCAUAAAUGGGACACUAAGUGUUGUAUAUUUUGUACACAUUUUUCUUUUUGUGGCAAAAUUAUUUGAAUAAAGAUUCAAUCGGAA